GGAGCUACCGGGAGGCAGUAGUCACAGAGCGAGUCCCCGCCGCCGCCUCGGAGGAGCCAAACGGAGGAAAGGUGACUGAGACCCGCCGUGCUGGAAGCAGACGAUGAGAGCGCUGCUCACCGCCGCCAAGUAACACACACUACCGCCGAGAGGAGAAGAAGACAAGAACCGUUACCGUGAUUUACACACAGAUACAGAGAGACGGAGGACUGAACGGACCGGACGCACGGACGCACGGAGCACGCUUGAGAACCAAACUACUGCGGUGGCUACAUCGACUUGUGUCUGCCCUGUGGAUCAAACCGAGUGGAUCCGUUCAUUUAAAUGCUUUAACGGUGCCGUGCCCCCGGCUCGAGAGCGAGAGAGAGGGAGCAGCCCAGAGAGCGAGAGAAAGAGAAAGAGGGAUCGAAGCGCAGAGAAGGAGGAAAUUAACCAAGAACGAAAGAAAAAAGGCUUUUGCAAGCAGCUUUGUGUCCACGCACAAGUUCCGUUGAAUCCAUCGUCUGCUUGCUUAUUUUUCUGCCCUGGAUCCCGGUAUCGGUAACGCUCUCAAGCUGUGUUCACUAACCAUGGGAUGUACUCUGAGCGCAGAGGAGAGGGCGGCUCUGGAUCGGAGCAAAGCCAUCGAGAAAAACCUCAAGGAGGACGGUCUCACCGCGGCCAAAGAUGUCAAACUGCUGCUGCUCGGGGCUGGAGAGUCAGGGAAAAGCACCAUCGUCAAACAGAUGAAGAUCAUCCACGAGGACGGUUUCUCUGGUGAUGACGUUAAGCAGUACAAGCCUGUCGUUUACAGCAACACCAUCCAAUCUCUGGCUGCCAUCGUCCGUGCCAUGGAUACACUGGGCCUGGAGUACGGAGACAAAGAACGGAAGGCGGAUGCUAAGAUGGUGUGUGAUGUGGUGAGUCGUAUGGAGGACACAGAGCCUUACUCCGCCGAGCUGCUCGGCGCCAUGAUGCGUCUGUGGUCCGACUCAGGCAUUCAGGAGUGUUUCAGCCGUGCCCGCGAGUACCAGCUCAACGACUCAGCGCAGUACUACCUAGACAGCCUAGAUCGGAUUGGUGCAUCAGACUACCAGCCCACAGAGCAGGACAUCCUGAGGACCCGAGUGAAGACCACGGGCAUCGUCGAGACACACUUUACCUUCAAAAACCUCCACUUCAGGCUGUUUGAUGUGGGAGGUCAGAGGUCGGAGAGGAAGAAGUGGAUCCACUGUUUUGAGGAUGUCACAGCUAUCAUUUUCUGUGUGGCGCUCAGCGGAUACGACCAGGUGCUGCAUGAGGACGAGACCACGAACCGCAUGCACGAGUCUCUGAAGCUUUUUGAUUCCAUCUGUAACAACAAGUGGUUUAACGAAACCUCCAUUAUCCUCUUCCUCAACAAGAAGGACCUCUUUGAAACCAAGAUCAGCAAGUCACCACUGUCCAUCUGCUUCAGUGAUUACACUGGUCCAGACACGUACUUGGAGGGAAUAGACUACAUUAAGGGUCAGUACGAGAGCAAGAACAAGUCACCCAGCAAAGAGGUCUACUCCCAUGUGACCUGCGCUACGGACACCAACAACAUCCAGUUUGUCUUUGAUGCUGUCACUGAUGUCAUCAUAGCAAAUAACCUGCGGGGGUGUGGCCUGUACUGAUGAUUCUAUGACAUGUUAGCCAAUGAAUGACGGAUGCUUGAUUUGUGUUUAUGUAGGAGCAGUUUGUACCAAACAGGAUAUGUGGCCCAUUUCAGUGAUGAUAGCCAGUCAACUGAGGGGCGACAUCUCCAUGCUGCUUUACUCUACGGCUGGCCAUUGGUCCAGUCUGACUCUUAAGUAAUGCAUUGCUUGGGUGGUUGGUUGGUUGGUUGGUUGAGACUUCUUUUAAUGUAUUUGCCUUUUUACUUCCUCCUAAAGAAACACCAACAGCAAAUUCCCUUUAAAUUUGUGGAUUGUGGCAAAAUUAUGUAUAAUUUGUUUUGUUUUUUUCAUUCCCGGACAGUUUCAGAGUGCAAUUAACCCAUGCAGUAACAUGAAUAUGAACAGCUGUACAGAAGCAAAUGCAACUCAAGAUAGAACAAGCAAGCUAACAUUAUUUACUAGUCCAACAGCAAAAAUUUCAGCUCAGUGUCUGUCUUGGUAAGCCAGUCCGAGAUUUACCCUCGUUGGACAGCCUCGUGCUCAGUCACUUUUCUCUUCUUAUUUUCCAGCCUGUUCUCCCGUCAAAAAUGUCAAGAUAGAUCGUGUGUACAGGCAGCAAAAAACGAGCUAUGUCUGUAUUUCACCGGCCGCUGAUGCAUCCUUGCUGACGUAGUAGUGAUUGACAGCCGAGCUAAAUUUAAAAGGGUGAAUUCCCGCAUUCAGUUGGGGUGGUGGAUGGGUCGAACAAAUGGUGGACUUUCACCCAGGAGAGGCGGGGUUUGCGUCUCGUGUGAAAACAAAAGAAAACCAUUUUUCAACUUUGGUUACAUUGUUUAUGUAAGUUAGGUGAAUCAUGUUUUUGAACGUAAGUUACAUUUUUUGCGUAACUUGCUGCAGUCACGUGACCCUUGUAAUUACUUCAAUUCCAGCAUUUACAUACAUUUAUUUACUGUUUAAAGUGUCUUUUAAAACACCUUACCAGGAAGUUUUUUUGCCCUAAACCUAGAUCACUGGUUUUACAACAUUAAUUGAUUGAAACUGCAGCCUUUUACAACCACGGACCGUACAUGUGUGCUAUUUUUACGUAGCCAGCCGUAAAAGCUCCACCAGUCCAAAGCUCAUGUGCUAGCGGUAUAAACACCAACACUCCCCUGGUGCAGCCCUGGCAGCACGGCAUGGCUAACUGAGCUAGCUGACCGCAGCUAAUGUACACUUUGCAACAAAUGGUGGUUACAAUUACUGUAGCAACAAGUAAAGCUUUCUGUCCACCAGGAAAAUCGUAAAACAGUCUCUGCAGAGCAGCUAGAGGACAAUCCAGGGAAAGUCUAAAUCAGUUUUUGCCAUAAAAUAUGAUCCAGUUUCACCGAAAUCAGUGACAUACGUGAUGGUGUGUUAGUGCCAUAGAUCCACUUCUAGAUCCUACCCACCAAUAAUAGUUACACAAUGUAAGCACGGGCUUUUGGGGCACAUUUCACCUUCUUACAAAUCAGUCAUUUAAAGGUAAAAUUGUUACAUUAAGUUGUUUUAAUUGUACUGAAACUAGAAAUCUUUUGCCUGCCUGCUGUUGAAGUAUUGCAUAAUAGCUACAGUCAACUCUUAAGGGGUACCAGGUUCCUGUUUGUAGCUGCAGUAGUGCCUUACUCAAAGAACUAGACAGAUUGUUAAUUAAAUGCCAGGGUUCCUCAGCCUUCUGACAAACUGGUAUAAUAGGAAUCACUCCUCUACCCCAAAGUAUUUCUAAUCAUUCUCUUUGCUUCACACCUGUGCCUUAGCCACAUGAAGAGCCAUGUGAAACUGUAUAUAUAAGUAUGUUGUUUAACUUAACAGGGUCAAGUUCAGUUGACUCUUAGUUUAGUCUGAAAGACUUUAUUAUGUGCUUAAGAUAUUGAACUGUUGACAAGGUUAUGUCCUGCGAAGAAGAAAUGUAUCACCAAAAUAUUGCUUUUCUAAAAAUUUUGUGCAAAAUUGCUUUUUUUUUUGCACGCCUCCAUUAUUUUGUACUUGUUGUGUAAGUCGUUUUAUUUUGUUUUCUGAUGACAGUCCUGCUCUGAGGUAUGUGCUGCGCUGCAUAGUGUCUGUUCAGAUGUUAAGUCAAUCUUUCCAUUUUUUAAUUUCAUGGCAGAUACUCAAUGAUGUGAGAGAGAGCAGGGGAAUAGUUACUAACAGGGACAUUUCAAAAUAAGACGUGAUAAUUUAAGUUGCAAUUAUUUACUGAAAAAAGUCAAAUUAUAUUAUUAUUUUCUUCCUUUUAUCAUAGUCAUUUUGUUUAGUCGUCAUACAGCCCCGAUUCCAAAAAGGUUUAAAUGCUGAAUAAAACAGUUUGAUCAUUUUCUGAAAACUGUACAGACACAACAUAUUUAAUGUUCAAACUGAUAGAAUAUAUUGUUUAUUAAUAUACACUCAUUUUUUAAUUUGAUGCCUGCAACACACUCAGUCAGCAUUUAAGAGCUGAGGACAUUAAUUGUUCUAAUACGUCUAGAUAUAAUAAUGAUAAUGAUGAAUAAUGAUUAUUCAGCAGUUUAAUAUUGCCCAUUUUGAAGGUCCAUAUUAAACAGCAUGACUCCAUGUUAACAUUUAACAAGUAGGAAAAAUUAAAAACACAUUCAGCCUGUUGUGUCCACCACUGGCUUUAGAGAAGCAUCAAAACAACCUCAUGACACUGUCAAUACAGCAAAGCCUCACUUAUUAAAAACCUGGGGAAGGAGAGGGAUUAUCAGAGAGGACUGCUCAGAAUAUUUAAUGUAAUGAGACCAAGAGCAAUCCCACUUAUUAAACAUGACUGUUGUUAGGUUGACUUGUUCAGGUUAUAAAGGCCCAGUACGUCUAAUUUAAAGCCUCUAUGUGCAGGAUUUGAACAUUUCAGGCAAUGAUGACUCAAAGUGGUAGUUAAAAAUAAAAAAAGCAUUGUAGUAACAGCCUCAGUGAAUGAUUACUGAAUAAUGAAGUAACGCUUAAUUUUUGCGAGGUAAAACACCCACGGUGCCUUGAUGUUUGACCUAAUGUUUGUACACAUGUUGUAAAGGGGAGAAUCCCUUUACAAACAUGCCCAAUUUAUGCUAAUGUCAUGCAGGUUUAGGCAAAACCAUGCAGUUUAGAAUAGAAUAUCAUUUCUUUAUUGUCAUUGUCACGUGUACAACAAAAUGAAGUGCAUUAUUGUCAAUGCAAGAUUAAAAAUAAAAAAGCUAAAUGUAUAAAUAAUACAUAAUAGGCAUAUAAUAUAUAUAUUGAUAUAUAAGUUAUUGUGUGCACUGCACAUCUUUUGUAUUUGUCUUUUACGAAAUGAUGCGCUUAAAAAUUUCUGCAUACUUUCUGCGUCCUUAAACAGUCUUGAAAUUGCAUAAAUUGGGUAUGACUGAAAACCUGAGACUCAUUUUUUUUUUAACUUGACCUCAAUGUAUAAAAUGACCUGUUGUGACCUCUAAGAUAAUCACAACCUUAUGAAACUUAACAACCACAAACUUAAUACCUUGUAAUUUCAGAGGAUAUACAGCUUUCCUAGGCAAAUGUUCAGUUCGUGAGUUAACUCUCCUGUUAUGUUCAUUUUUU